AUGCAGUAUCUAUAUGAUGAUGUUAUACCGCCAUUCCGUUUCUUUUCAAAGAUUGUUAUGCGAUGUGUGAAUGACGCAUUAGAUGAGGCAACGGCCUCUCGCCAAUCCAAAGGCGAGAAGAACACCGAAACGUUUGGUACAACCAUUGCAGCAGAUGCCCCACCAUCUGUGGUUGUAUCUGCAGUUGAGGUGGAGCGCAAUGCACUUUAUAGUUACCAAUAUGAAAGCACAAAUACAAGACGAAGUUCAUCCAACCGAAGGUUUCUUACCGCCGUUUCUAUCGACUAUUCCAUCACCUUGUGUGGUUUCUCAGAUGGUCGGGUCACACUAACUCAGGGUACCCACACUAAUGGUGUGUGUGAAACCGUGGAAGUCCCCAUUCUUGAUGGUUUUCAAUAUGGACAAGUUGUGACUCUCAGUUGCACACCGCAGAGUGAGACGCAGUGGGCGGUGGCGGUUGGGUACAGUAAAGUAGUCUGUGUCUGUUUAGUGUCGAUUCUCAAGGACAACUACUAUGGAUUGGCAUCAAGGCGAAAAGUACGGCAGCGGGUAGUGGAAUUAAAUCUAUCAGAGUGGGCAUCAGGUGCUUCUUUGAGUUCUUUGCAACUAUCACCAUGUUUAUCAUACCUUACAGUGGGAUUUAAUAAUGAUGCACUUAUUAAUAUCGCGCAACUGCCACCACUUGAGGUACCACGUGCUGCACAAGAUGAUGAACUGGAACGAUUCCAACUAGGAAUUGCGAAUCGUUUAUUGGAGGAGGGAUCUCACACCAGUAAUAGACGAGGAAAAAUGUUUUUUAUUCCUGAAACCGCCCAAGGACAUUUGCAUACCGUUUUCAUGUCAGCAGCAUCGCAGACUUCAUGUAGUGCAAUGUACUCUCGUCGUUACCCAAUCUCUCUUUUGGUGUGGUUAGAUGGUAAUAGCUAUACACGUUGCUCUUUGAGUAUAAUCAGUAAAAGUGAUAGAAUACGACCAGGCACCUCUGAUGAACUUAAACUCUUAAUUGGUGCUUCUACUUCAAAGAAGUUAUCAGGUAUUUCAUCUGCUUCUCUUUCUGAACACCCUAUUGGAAGUCCUGGCACCAGACGAAAAUCUAUAGGACGCGGUAGACCCGAAACAGCUGGUUUAAAAAAGAAAGAAUUAGAUAGCAAAAUAGGGUUAUCCACAUCAUUUGAAGAUCAAUUCCAAUUCGGUAAAGCUAUUCAAAAAUGUUUGCUACCAGAUAAUAUUGUGACAGCCUCUAUAGCCUCUGCAGAUAGUGAAGUGGUGGCAGUGGGAUGCAGUAAUGGUAAAGUGUAUUUAAUGGAUGGACGGGGUAUCACAUCUGUACUCUCCAUGUUGCCACCUUACGGAAAGUCCAUGCGACUCCAUUCGCUUUUUCCAUUUCCAAUUGGAUGUCGCUCAACUGCUGUUCAGACUGUUGUGGCCACACUAAUAGGUGGAGGUUCUAUCAUAUUAGCGCAUGCUAGUGGUGUUCCAAAGGCAGCAUUUACCAAUUGGGCGACAACACACUAUCUGCGGGAUGUGAGAGAUCUACGCGCAUUGAUUCCACUUGGGGAUUUGUCUAUGUUUCUACUCUUUUGCGAUGCCGAUGUGUAUCUCUGGGAUGUACACUACAACUGCGUGGUUGCCAAAAUAACGGGAUUACCACCAUUAGAACCAUUUACACUAGAACGCAAUUCGGGUCGCAAAACAUCAUCAACAACAGCAACAACAACAACCGUCUCCUCAUCGAGAAGGCGAUCAACAAAAGCAGGAGGUUCACUGCGAACUAAUAAUUCUAUAAACGCAUGCCGUGAUGUCUACUUGCCUUAUUCUACAGAACUUGCUAUUUUUUGGCGAACCACGUACGGGGGUUUGGCACGACUCUUUAUUAAGGAUCUCAUCUCACAGGUGUAUCCACUGCUGGGAGUCUACUUCCCCAGUCUGCCACUGCGUACAUUGGAUUGGGUGCUCAAUCAAGUGCCUCCACACCAGCGGCACACGGCGGAGUGUUUGGCGGCCGUUGCUUUACCGGCAGAAGGACAUUUGGCGGCUUUAGAUGAGACGAGUGGUGGAAAUCACAGUGCUGAGAUGAGUCCAUUCACACAGAGUGUAUUUCCCCCAUUGCGUGAACCCAAACGUCCACUUAAUCCUGAAGAUGUUGCCGCCAAUUUCCUUGAAGCCACUUGUUCUUCUGUUACGACUCGCCGAACAGAAAUACGUCGCAUGUUUGGAUCAUCAUGGACGCAAUGUUCAUGA